UUGUCCAGUUAUAUCAGUGAGUAAGAAUUAUAUCCACUUUCUUCAAGGAAGUGGGGUUGUUAAAAUAUACUUGUACCAAGUGCUAAAGGGUUAAUCUUUGACAAUACUUUUACUACUAUGUAUGUGUUAUACUUUAGCUAAAGAAUCAUCAAUACAUGCAGAAAUGGACCAAAUGAUGACAUCAGUAUCACAUCCAACCAAUGAACAAGUAGAUAACAAUGACCAGAAAGAAACAGGCUUGCAUACACCACCAGAACUUGUGGAUAAUUAUAUGAAUGAGGACAAGAACAGAAACGUUUCAAGUUGUGACCAACCAAUUUUACUACAGAACGGACAUCUUGAUCAUGAUGUUCCGCACCACUUGCCUAUCAAUGAUAAUAGUAACAAUUCAAACAUUAACAAUUCAAGUUCUAAUCUUAUAAACAGUGCUUCAAAUUUUCAGCAAGACUGUAUUAUUAUCACCAAUAGUACCUCUAACUGUAGUUCUAUCGAACACGUCAACACAUACUAUUCAUCAGUGCCAGUCACUGGUAACAUAAAUCUACUAAAAAGUACUGACAAUCAUCCAGUCUUAAACAAUAUUGAAAAUCACGAUUACACGAUCCAGCAGCCACAAUCAGUUUUAAGCGAAUCAUCAAUGAACACGCUGGUAGAACAAGACACAACUUCAACAGUCCAAAACCUAGUAAAUCUGAACUCACCCGCCAUAUCAAUAACAUCCAUUGCAUCACCAGACCCUGGUUUCAUACCACCAUCAGAGAGACGUCCAAAUUCAGAGACAAAAACAAAAAGACCUAAAAGAAUUACACCAACACCACUUUGUGGAAAUGAAGUUUUACCCAAUAUUGGAAAAAUUGCUUCACCCCAAAAGCCUUUAGUCGUUAUACCAGAAAAGGCAAAUGAGAUGUCAUACAAUGGCUAUGUUGUCUGUGGGGAAUCGUACAAAACCCCGACUACAUUUGAAAUACAAGAACACAAUCCCGAAAUAUCUAAUGGUUUUGAAGAAACAUCUGCACAUCAUUGUGAAACACCUACUAGUCAGUUUAACCCUGUGAAUAAUGUAAACACAAGUUUCGCUACUUCCGAGUCAAACAGUAUUCAGAUAAUAUCCGACUCCUACCCAGAGCUUAGUCAAGCGGAACAGUGUGAGACUAGUGUCUGUGAUAUCGCGAUGUCACCUGGGGGCAAAAAUUUGCUACUUCACAACAAACGUUCAUUAAAAACAGCUCUCGAGGAAAAUCGGAUGAUAUUAUCACCUAUAACCCCAGUUAAUCAGAACUCCCAAUCAAGUUCGAGUACCCCUAAUAAUCAGUUUCCUAUCCCUCCGUGUAAUUUAUCAAAAACUAUUAUCAAAUCCCCAGAUAAAGAAUUUCGAAAGCCGAACACUACUUGUGCGUCAAGGGCUACGAGAGCAUCGCCGAGGAUUGCCAAAUUAUCAAAGGAGAAAGUAGCUCCGACUUGUUAUUCUUUGGAUCCCCAUGAUGAUAAACCUUCCAUUGUGCAUGGGUCAACUGACGAAGAAAGUUUUACGGCAGUGCCACUCGGGGUAAUAUCAAAAAGGCUGUGCCAUGUGCGAAACCUAGAUUUUGGUCCAGAAGCUGUUGCUGUUAAUGGUGAAGACAAUCCCAUAACAAUGCCGAAAUCCAAAAUUGAAAUGAGAAGAGUUGCGACCAUUACACAUCUUUCUUCGACAGCACUUUCAACUGUAUCUAAUGGUGGUAAAACUGUGAUAAGUCUUACAGAUGCCAACGUCCGUGACUGGAAACCUAAAGUUUCUAUAGCAAAGAAAUCAGCUUCCACUGAAAAUACAUGUAGCAACAACACUGACAAAAGCAGAUCCCCACAAUUAAUCAUACAGAGACUAAGUCCCCAAGAAAUUAUGCCACUAACUUUAGUACCUAAAGGGAAACGAAAACACAGAAAAGCGCGUAACCUAGAUCAGCCAGAAACAAAGGUCAAACCUUCCCCAAAAAUAUUAGCAGCCGCUAAAAAAGUUGUUUCAACGAAAAUACCUGCUUCGGCAGAACCAUCAGCGUUAUCUAAAUUUUCACCUUUGGUUAAAAAAGGGAAAGCAAGUAAAAAGACAAAAACAUCACGUCAUAAGAAAAGCACCACAUCAAAAUCGAAAAAAAUUGUGCCUCCCGAAAUACCGGUGAAUACCCCAUCUGAAAUUGUGAAUGUUCCACCGGAAAUCGUCGAUAUUUUGGACGCAGACACUAAAGAAUUUAAUCAACAAUUUGAAAUCAUCAGUAGUCUGAGUAAUAGUGUUCCUGUAAUUCAAAGUGUUGAUAAUACUGCAGAUAACGUUAAUACUGGUACCAUAUCACACUUGGAUAGUGCAGCCAUUUCAUUUGAACAGAAGGAAACAAAUGAAGCUGCAGAAGUCUUGGCCUCAUUGUCCUUGGCAAUGCCGAGUAAUGCUUUUCCCCCUCCUGUGACAACAGAGCAGACAACAAAUGGUAAAAGAAAAGCCAUAGAUACGAGUAUUAACGAUUCUUGGAAGUCAGCAGAUUCUCCAAAUAUAGUACAGAAAAAAAAGAAAAGAAAAAAAGCACCUGAUUUGAAAUCUGUGAACAUUGAUGCCCUUUUGUCUAAGAUAAAAUAUAAAUGAUAAAAGAGUUAACUAUAAAUAUUCAGGCUUGUCAACCAAUGGAAGCAUACAAGCACAUCAACAUCAACCAAUCGAAGCAUAAACAAUUUGGCUUGUCAACCAAUGAAGUCAUAAACAAUCAGUGCAUGUCAGCCAAUGGAAUCAUAAAUAAUCAGGCUUGUUAACCAAUGGAAUAAGAACUGAUCAAGGCAUAUCAUAACAUUGAUAUGAUUGUCUAAUAAACAGUAGUAAUUUCUAUUGUUAAGAGUUUCAAAAAGGUGACUCGCUGACCAUGCCACAAUUUAUCGAAAGCAUCAUCAUCCACAAAAAUGUUUCUAACCUCUGUUGAACCAUUCCAUGUUUUUUAUAAUACAAAAUCACUUGGGAUAAGAUACCAUAUUUAUUCACCUAAUCGAAUAGACAGUUUUUAUUGGCUAGAUGCCAUUCAACAUCGAUGACAAAAAUUUCAAGAACAGUUUGGGUAAACUAAACAAAAACACUGGAAUGAUUCAAAGGUGCUCACAAAUAUUUCUCACAAACAUUGAUUCAAAUGCAGUUGAAUUUAAACUGUUGUUGACUGAGUAACCUGACCUUUUUAUUUAUAUUUGAAUAUUAAGUUGUUUUCAUUAAAUUAAUAUAUACAAUAUUUCAUAAAAAAAGACAGAAUUAGUUUUAAUUUGUUAAUUUCAACUGUCUUCAUUGACCCUGUCAUUGCACAACAGUAGGCUGUUAAACCCCAUUUCAUUUAUUAACUUCAAUUGACAUUGAAUAAUGAAUACCCCAAAACAUCAGUGAAAUAGCCCUGUACAGCUACUGGCAUAUGAAUAUUUGUGUGAGCACUUAGCACUAAACUGCCCUAGCCAGGGCUCCUUAGAACACCCCGUAGCUGUGACACACACAAUACGGUAAGCUAUAAUGUAUCUCGGGUGGUCUAUGGGGACAACAGUUUCGAUCUGUUCAGGGAUGUACUUUUCUCUGAUUUUCUUCAAGCAACUGGGGUAGUCUAUAUUUACAUGUACCAAGUGCUAAUGGAUUAAAUUACAAGAAAACAUUUAUACUUCACUGUCGGUUUAUUUUAUGUGAAAUUUACGGGGAAUAUUUUGUUAUAUUGGACAAUAGUAAAUUUUAGAGAUCGAUUACAACCCCUUGUCGUCCUUUAAGGGGUUUUGAAUCCCUUGUAUUUUAAAAUAUGAUAACAAAAAGAAUAUUGGCACAAAAAUGUUUUGGUUUUUUUUGUUGAUUUCAAAAUUUGACAAUCUCUACAUACAAUAUAAACAAGCUAGCUACACCUGUAAGUGUAAUCUUUUGAAUAGCCUUUUUAAUCUGAUUGAAUCCAAGGAGAUAAUCUACAUUUAAUAUUUUGGUUUUGUUUUAUUAAUUAAAUGAUAAAUAAUCAAUUUGAGUACCUUUUAUCGUGGAUAUAGCCAUUUAAAAUUAGAUGUGCGUAACAUGCAAAUCACAAUCACUGUUGAUCAGCCGCUUUGAUAUUAUAAAGAGUUUGGUGAAAGAAACCUACAUUACAUUAUUUUAUUUUUGGUUACUAUGACAAUAUGUUUUAGUGGUAAAUCAAAGUAUAUUUUGUCGGCCAUUGUUUAUGGUUUCAAAGCAAAUAUUUAUUUCUAUUUUUUAUUUUGUUGUUUUAUUGUGUUUUUGUAUAGACAGCAAAUUUAUGGACAUGGGUUUUACAAUCUAAUCAAAUUUCUUGUGUUCUUAGAAAAUAAUUAUUUGAGAGUUAAAUAUAUAUUUAAAGUUAUAAGAUUUUUUUCUGGUGUCUUUCAGUCAUCAAAGUUUUUGUUUGAGCAACCCAUGAUAUAUGAUUCUUUAAUCAAAAUCCAUAUGUUGGAAGAGAGUCAUCCCUAUCAGUUAUUCAAAUUAUUAAAAUUUCUUGACUCUUUCUUGUAUCUAACAGAUUAGAAUUUAGAAAAGAUAUUACAAUGUAUAAUCAAUCACAACAUUCCAGAAUAAAAAGCAUAACAGACUUUCAGCUUCAGACCAUACACAGUAAAAAUUAGUUUUCCCAAAAUGCUUAUCGUUCAAAAAAUUGUUACAAUCAAUCAAUGGCCAUCAUAAGAGCAAAAAAGAUGAGAGGGUGAAGUCAAUAGAAAAUAAUGAGAACCCAUUACUUUCUAUUGACUUCACCCUCUCAUCUUUUUUGCUCUUAUAGUGGUUCAUUAAGAGCUAAAGGAUAACUCAUUUAUAUCCAUAGACAUCGAGGCCAAGAUGGCAUCUAACCUAAGUUUAUUUUUACAUUUAACUUGUUGAAGAUGCGUUAUGUAAGAGCUAAAUCUGUCUAAUGCAGUCCUUUCUUUUGGCUUUGAAUGUUAUAAAAAUUAAGUUAUCAUAACAAGCUUAUAAUCAAUUCUCUAGGACAUUGGAUGGCCAUGUUUUAAAGGAGGCAAGUCUCUAACUCAAUAUCAUCCACAGUCUUCAACAUUGCAAACACGACUUAUUGGUCAAUUUAAAUCAGUUUUGAGGUUAUCUUAUGUGAAAAUAAGGGCUUCUGAUAUCCAAUAUUUACAAUAAAAUGGAAGUUUUAAAAUUGGCACACAAAUCGUGAUUUAGAAUGCUUUCGAGUGCCAUUUGUAAUGAAGUGACUCAAUGAACGAGGCUAAACAUAUCCCAGAGGAGAAUACUACCAGUGUAGAUUGGAAUAACCAGACGCCAAAGACUGCCAUUCAAUUUGGACUCUUGGCAUAUUUCACCAACCAUAACUGAUAAGAAAUUAGUUUAUAUACAUUCAUAUUACAUUAUUAUGUGUUGCAACCCAUUUGUACAGUCCAUUUCUAGUUGCCAAAGAAUAGAGAUUUAGCUCCUUUAAAUGGAUUUAAACAUCCACAAGAUUGAACGAUAAAAUGGACAAUCAGGGCCAAGUCUUGGUUGUCAAGUACCGUUGCUAUGAUAAUGAAUGAUCUAUGCUAUAUCUUCAAACACUCAUAACUUUGCUCCGAAUAAAUUAAUUUGAAUGAAAUUUUCAAUAUAUUCAAUUUUCAUUAUUUGUUUUUGAACUACAUGUAUAUUAUAGCAAUAAUGGUAAGGUCUUUAUUUAAAUCUUACAUAAUGUAUCUUAAUCAUCUAAAUGUCCAGUCCUUAUUUUGUUUCACGGGUCAGCCCUUGUUUUGUUUUUAUUGUCAAAAUUUCUAUCUAAAGAACACUUCUAAUUACUUAUUUUUUGUUCAAUUUAAAUAAAAAGGAAAAAAUUUAUUAACCUUCUGGCUCAUCUCUGUUUUUUUUUUAGUCCCAGGUCGGUCUACUACAAUUUCUUGCGAACACUCUACAGACAACAUUUAUCAUCCAAUCGUUUUAAAAUUUAUAUGUUUUGAGGGUUUUUUUUUACGUUAGUGAGGUGAAGAAGCCCAUUGAACUUCAACAGUUUCUGUUUGUUACUUCUAGAGUCAUGGCGCUUGUUUUACUUUGUAGAACCUUGUGAAUAAAAUUUCAAUUUCAGAAAAUAAGUACCUGAACAAAAACUUCUUUAAUUUACACCAAUCUGUGUGAAAUUUAUAUGCAUUAUUUAAAUGAGUACAAUUUAGAAAUUUAUCGAAUUUCAACAAUUUUAAUUAAUUGCUUCUCGAGUUAAGGUCCUUGUUUCACUUUGUAGAAGGAUUUGAACACUCUAACCACAAAAGUUAUCAUCCAGUCGGUAUGAUCUUUAUAUGCAGUAUUUUGAAAUAAAGAAUCCUAUUGAAUUUUAACAAUGUCUGUUAAUUUCAUCCAGAGUUAUGGCAGAAGUUACUGAUCUAUAUGAAAUUUAUUUGUGUUAUUUAAAUACUCUGCAAUGUUUAGGAUAUAAAUUCUUUUUGUUCAGUAUUUUCCAUCAUUUUAGAUGGAAUGGCAUGUGUAGUAACACUAGGCCAGCUCUAUCAAAUAUAUUAUCUAACUAUUCCUUUAUGUAGAAAGUAGGGCAGACAGAUUUACAUUAAUCACAGAUGUCCGGUCACUUGAAUUAUUAGAAUACACAUGUAAAUAUUAAUACUAUUUUCUUGGCAAAAUAUACAUUGUCUUGCUUUCAUGUAAAAAUGUAUCAGAUUUAAAGAAAUUCAUGUAAUUUAUUUUAUAUUACUCAUAGUUAUCUGUCUACUUUUAUUUAUCAGAUGUAAGAAUUAAAAAAAUCAUUUUGAUUAACGUUAACUGUUAACACUUGUUUGUUACUGUACAUAGAAAAAUAAAAAAG